CCCAGAUACACGAACGAAUUGACGGCUUUCAUGCGACUCAGGAGGGCCUUCAUGCACAGCUGAGUCGAAAACAGCCGACCGAAAUGGCUUGCUUGAGCAUCGCGGAGCAUCUCAUCUCCCGUUUGGUUGAGGUGGGCAUCGACGCCGUGUUUGGCGUGCCCGGGGACUUCAACCUUCGUCUGAUGGACGUGCUGGAGAAGUGCGUCAAUGCGGGUGCCGACGGGGACGGCCCGUGCCACCAGGCCCUGAGAUGGAUUGGGACGUGCAACGAGCUCAAUGCAGCGCAUGCGGCUGACGGGUGGGUAGAGAUUGUGCACAACACGACUCCCUCACACACGGACAGGUGGAUGGAUGUGUUUCGUGCUCUUCGUUUGAUUGGUUCAGGUAUGCGCGAAUGCGCGGCGUGGGAGCCCUGGUGACGACAUUCGGUGUGGGCGAGCUUUCGGCUCUCAAUGGCAUCGCAGGCAGCUGCGCUGAGAGGGUGCCGGUGAUUCACGUUGUCGGCGCGCCAUCGCUGGCUGCGAUGGGGCGGCGGAUGCUGCUGCACCACACACUGCCUGAGAACAUACUCGCCAAUAGGUCGGUGAGAGAAUGGACACACGAAUAGGCAGAGAUGCACAGACAGACAUGCCGAUUGCAGCUCGAAUUUCCGGAUUUUCUAUGAGAUGUCGUCACGGCUGUGCUGCGACUCCGCGUACCUCAACAAGCCGGCCAGGUGAGCUCAGUGUGGGUCUCAUGCACGACCAAUGAAUGUGUUGGCUCUCGUCUGUUUGUCUGUGUGUGUGCAGUGCGGCAGCGGACAUCGACAGAGUCAUCAUAAGCGCGCUCCACGUGAGAAGUGACGUCGAACCAGAACGCGCCACACCUUCCACUGUCCACUUGUCUGGACAGAAGCGACAGCCAGUGACGAUCUACCUCCCACAAGACAUCGUCGACCAUCCAGUGCCCGAUGCACACGCGCCCCUCGCCCCACCAGACGGCAGCAACCUCGAGAUCACAUUUUUCGACAGCGUAGCGGGCGGCGGGCGGACGAUGGCUCUCGUCACGGCCAGGAGUGACGAGACCUCAUUGACAGAAGCCACCGAGCUGGCGGCCAUGAAAAUCAACAAUGCCGAAAAGCCGGUGUGUGAGGGACGACACACAGACAGGGCGGGUGGCGCCUUAUGCUGUGUGCUUAUGUGUGUAUGGUGUGUGCAGGUGUUCAUCUUUGACGUGGGUGUGCACCGGUUCAACCUGCAGUCGGCCGUGCUGCGGCUGCUGGAGCGGUGCCAGAUCCCCUUCGCGACACAUCUCAUGGGGAAGGGAGUCAUUGGCGAGGACCAUCCGUGCUACCUGGGCCACUACAUCGGCCGCCUGAGUGAGACCAGCGUCCGACAGAGAGUCGAGGACAGCGACUGCCUGGUCGGUCAACACACACACACACACACAUCAAGGUGCCAUCUCUUACCCUCUGUGUGCAGGUGGUGGUCGGUGCGUGCCUCUCUGACGUCAACACGGGCUUCUUCACAUCAGUCGAGUACUCAAUAGAGGUCCACCAGGGCACCAUGAGAGUCGGCAAAGCGUGGUUCACCGACGUCUCGGUCCGGACACACACCCACGCCCGCCCACAGACCCACACACCCCAUACUGUCUGUCUGUCUGUCUAUCUGUAGGAGGCCGACGCACUCACUCGGCUGACGGAUCUGAUCACCCCCAGACAUUUCGACGCCAGCAGAUCCUUCUCGCGGACGUCGAUCGCAUCCCUGGGCGCUGAGGAGGACGGAGAAACUGAGGGCGACACGCCGCUGAGCAACCACCAUUUCUACCUCAACUGCCGGCUGCCUGCUGGUGCGGUCAUUGUGGCGGAGACCGGCACGCCAAUGAUGGCCCUGGUGAGUGAGUUGAUUGGGCUGUGGGAACGAUGGAUAGAUGGGGAAUGAUGCGUGUAUACAUUGUGGUGUGGCGUGUGCAGUCGCACUACCGUCUACCGAAAGGCGGGUCCAUCCUGAUGCAGCCGCUCUGGUGCUCGAUAGGUGCGCGCCCUCACUCAGCACAGCACAUACUCCACACACACGUCCACACAUACAAACUUGUUUCCCAUCUCCUUGGUGUGGGCGGGGGGACACAUACUUGAAGGAUGGUCGGUCGGUGCGGUUGUUGGUGCCGCAAUCGCAGCACACCCCACCCAUGCACCAUCUGCUGCUGGUGGUGGUGCUAACGAUGCUGCUAGUGGUGGCGGUUGUGAUCACGGGGAGUCGCCCAGAGUGUUUCUGUUCAUCGGGGACGGCUCGCUGCAGGUGGCCGCGCAGGAGCUGUCGACCCUAGUACGCUGCGGGCUGCCGGUGGUGGUGUUUGUCAUCAACAACCGGGGAUACACCAUCGGUCAGCAAGGCGAUCCAAUCCACCACACACAUGCACAUCUCCCUCUCUCUCUUCGUCUCUCAGAGCGUGUUGUGCAUCCCUCGGGCGCACAUGCGGCCUACAAUGACGUCCAAAACUGGGACUACUGCGGCCUUCUUUCGGUGUUUGGCGGACAGCGGGGCGUCCGUGUCGAGACGCUGGGGCAGCUACGCGAGGCCAUGGCGGCCGUGGUGGGCGGUGGGUGUCAUGUGAAAGGCCCGAUGCUGGUGGAGGUGGUGAUAGACCAGAUGGAUGUGCCAGAGGGGAUGAUGAGCGCUUUGGCUGAAAAGGCCAAGAUGACCAUGAACAACCAGACCGCUCAGAGUUAGCUUGUACUCCGCUGUGAGGGGUGCCUUGUCUGUCUCCUUUUGUCUGUCUGCAUAGCGUGCCUAUGUGUGUUUGUGUGUGUAAGAGAGGGUGUGUGGCAAACUGCCUGUUUUGCCUGUUUUGCUAGUCUGUAAGGCUAAUGUGCAUAGGCCACUGGGUAAGGGUAAGGGUGGGAAUGUGGGUGACAGUAGGCUUUGG